UUUUCAUCCACGCAGAUGCUGCUCACUUGGACUCUCAGCCUUCUCCUGCUGGCCACAGUUAGAGGAAAAGAGAUCUGCUAUGGACAUCUUGGAUGUUUUUCUGAUGAAAAACCAUGGGCAGAAAUCCUUCAGCGACCUUUGAAGUUAUUUCCCUGGGCCCCCAAGGACAUCGAUACCCGCUUUCUUCUGUACACAAAUGAAAAUCCAAACAACUUCCAACUAAUCACUGCCACCGACCCAGAUACCAUUGAAGCUUCAAACUUCCAACUGGACCGCAAGACACGCUUCAUCAUCCAUGGCUUCAUAGACAAGGGGGAGGAGAACUGGCUGUCAGACAUGUGCAAGAAAAUGUUUAAAGUGGAGCAGGUGAACUGUGUCUGUGUGGACUGGAGGCGCGGGGCCCGAACAACAUACACUCAAGCCGUGCACAACAUCCGGGUCGUCGGGGCAGAGAUCGCUUUCUUAAUACAAGUGCUGUCGACCCAGCGGGGGUUCAGCCCCGAAGACGUGCACCUCAUCGGCCACAGCCUGGGCGCGCACGCGGCCGCGGAGGCGGGCAGGAGGCUGGAGGGCCGCGUGGGCAGGAUCACAGGGCUGGAUCCGGCAGAGCCAUGCUUCCAGGGCACACCCGAGGAGGUUCGGCUGGACCCAUCCGAUGCCAUGUUUGUGGAUGUGAUUCACACAGAUUCUGCUUCCAUAGUCCCUUACCUAGGUUUUGGAAUGAGCCAAAAGGUGGGCCAUCUGGAUUUCUUUCCAAAUGGAGGCGAGCAAAUGCCUGGAUGUCAGAAAAAUAUCCUUUCAACCAUCAUUGAUAUAAGUGGAAUAUGGGAAGGAACCCGUGACUUUGUAGCUUGCAAUCAUCUUCGAAGCUACAAGUAUUAUUCAAGCAGUAUCAUCAGCCCUGAUGGCUUCCUAGGCUAUGCCUGUGCCUCCUACCAUGAGUUUCAAGAGAAUGGCUGUUUUCCUUGUCCAGCUGAAGGAUGCCCCAAAAUGGGGCACUAUGCUGAUCAAUUUAAGGGGAAAACCAGCGCUGUGGGACAAACCUUUUUCCUGAACACAGGAGAGAGUGGUAACUUUACUCGUUGGAGAUAUCAGGUAUCAGUCACACUGUCUGGAAAAAAGAAAGUGAGUGGGUACAUAAGAAUUGCUUUGUAUGGAAGUAAUGGAAACUCAAAGCAAUAUGAGAUUUUCAAAGGAUCCCUCAAACCAAAUGCAAGUCACAUGCAUGAUAUUGAUGUGGAUCUCAAUGUUGGAAAAAUCCAGAAGGUUAAGUUCCUCUGGAACAACCAUGUGAUAAAUCUCCUCCGGCCCAAACUGGGGGCUUCCCAAAUCACAGUGCAAAGUGGUGAAGAUGGAACUGAGUAUAAUUUUUGUAGCAGUGACACGGUGCGGGAAGACGUUUUACAAACUCUUUACCCUUGUUAAAAAACAUGGUGUGGCUCCUGUCUCUUUGUGGUAAUAAAUUUUUGAAUGCACUUGG